UAUUUACCGUCUUUUUACAGUGAACUACUGCCAUUAUCUAGAAUUAUUUAAAAUUAAAUGUUGUUUAAAAUCAUAAUAAAUCAUAAUGAGCUAUGUUAAUAAUAUACAAAAAAAAAACAUUAGGUUGCAUGAUAUUUGUAAGAGAAAUUCAAAGAUUCCAAUUAUUAAUCCUGAAUACAAAUCAAACAAGAUAGAUAACAAACUAAAAUCUCUUGAAUUAUUGACUAUACAACCAGAAACUGAUUCAGAUGAUGUAUUAAUAUGUUCAAAUAUUACAAUUCCAUCAAAUUCUACAGAGUUGACAGAAAAAUUAUCUCUAGAUAAAUCAAAUUCAGCUGAAUCUUCUUCACUGAUAUUAGAUACAUUAAGUCAAUCAUCAGCAUCAAAAUUAAUACGAAGAAAAAUACCAAGGGCUGGUCACUUAAUGACUCCACGGCAUUUAUGGAUCCAAUCAAUUCCGCCCAAAGCUUGCGAUGUGGUUUUAACAUUCACAAAAACUACAGAUUAUAAAACUAUUGAAUGGGUAAAAUCACUAAUAGUAGACGAAUCUAAUGGUUUCAGUUUAUCUGUGAAUGUCCAAUAUCAUUCUUCAACGGAGUCAUACUGUUUUUACUUGACAGCUUCUUUUCAUGUUCUUAUGAAAGCUGCUCAAGAUGUACAUUUACCAAAAAAGAUUAUUGGUGGUGGUGGUUUAAGAGAAUUUAUAAUCUCUGAAAUGAAUAUAUUUGAAGGAAUCGAGGAUCAUUCAAAUUUUUUUACUAUGCAAGAAAGGCAAACAUUGAUUUUAUAUAUCUUAAACACUCACAGGGUAAAAAAUUGUGAUUGGCUCACAGAACUAGUUGAAAGUCAACCAUUAAUUUCAGAAUGUAUGUCAAAUGGAAUAAUUGAACAUUUAUUCCCGGUUCAUGAAAAUAAGACAUUACAAUGGUUGCGUAUUAUCUGGGUAAAGUCUUUUUUCAGCUUGCAACCUUUGGAUAAAGUUUGUGAUUAUUUUGGUGUCAAAGUUGCCAUGUACUUUGCAUGGAUUGGACACUACACUGGUUCAUUAAUAUAUCCAGCUAUUGCUUAUUCUACAUUUUGGUUUGGAUUUGGAAGAAAACUGGAUCAAUGGACAGAAGGAGUAUGGUUUGUUGUAUUGGCCUUUAUGAAUGUUAUCUGGCUGACAGUAUACUUAGAAACAUGGAAACGCUACUGUGCUGAAUUAGCCUACCGGUGGGCUACACUAGAUCAAAGACAUCAGUUUCUGUUACAACCUCGUCUAGAAUUUAAAGGUCAUCCUCGAAUUAGUCUGAUAACUGGUAAACCAGAACUGUGGUAUCCUAAUUGGAAACGAAGGCUAUUCAGUUAUUUUAUUAGUGCACCAAUCAUUAGUCUAUGUUUGGCAGUAGUCUUCGUUUUAACAAUAUUACAAAUAAAGUUACAAGACUGGUGGGACUCAUACAUUGAAACAAACGAAUAUCCAACAUAUUUAAGUUACAUUUCUAAAAUUAUGUUAGCACUUAUCAUCGCUGUGCUUGAUGACAUUUACAAUAUUAUUGCUGUAUGGCUGAAUGAUUGCGAAAAUUAUAGGCUGGACACUGAAUACGAAAAUCAGUUGAUCAUCAAAGUUACACUGUUUCAAUUUGUCAACUCAUUCCUGUCUCUCUUCUACAUCGCUUUCUAUUUGCAAGAUCAGGAAAGACUUAGAACGCAAUUGGCUGUACUUCUAAUCACCAGACAGCUGAUACGCAACAUCAAAGAGUCAGCACUCCCUUACGUGUUGGAACAAAUCCGUUUCGCAAAAAUCAGCUUUGACUUGUUUGGUGCAUUGACACCUUCUGAUGGCCCAGCUAAACCUAACGGAGAGCGCAUUGUGUCACAACCGGAACUCGAGUGUUCGAUGUUUAAAUUUGAUGGUACAUUCUCCGAACAUUUAGAGAUUUUCAUCCAGUUUGGAUACGUGGUGAUGUUCUCAUCAGCAUUCCCUUUAGCCGCCCUGUGCGCGUUCCUCAACAAUCUGAUUGAAAUACGCAGUGACGCAUUCAAAAUGUGCUAUGUAUACCAAAGGCCAUUCGGUCAGCGGAUCAAGGACAUUGGGAUGUGGCAGAAUAUCAUGGAAGUGAUGGGGUUCAUCGCAGUGCUUGUAAACUGUGCCCUGAUCGGUCUCAGUGGUCAAGUCCACCGGUUGCUACCCGACAUGACGGCGAUUCAAACAGUCUUGUUGAUUGUCGCUCUCGAACACAUAAUGUUGGCUUUCCGAUGUGCUCUUAGUUGUAUGAUCCCUGAUGUACCGCAAUGGAUAGCCACCGAAAUGGCCAAGACUGAGUACAUCAGACGUGAAGCGGCAUCUUCCAAGUCUCAGUGAAAGAAGGCCACUAAUGAUGGAUUAAAUGAAUCUCACUAGUUUUAUUUAAAAACAUUUAUCUAUAGCUAUAUGCAUUUGUUUCAAAUUUAUGUUGAAUGUUUAUUAUAUCUCUUAACUUUUAAUGGUUGGUGUAUCUCUGAACAGAUUAUUUAUGGACAGGCACACACUCGUUUAUACACCAGAACAGCAUGUGCUGUAAAUUUUGGCCUUUUUUAAAGAUGACUAUUAAUUAAUACAUUUCUUUGUCGUUUUUUGCUUACUAUUUUAUUUUCAUACAUUUUACUAUAUUAUCACAUAAUUGUUUCUAUACCUGUCUAUUUUAAUACUUCUUUACUUAUAAUGAUUUUCGUGCAACUGGUCUAAUGUACAUUAUAUUAUACCAAUUGUUAAUAAGGGUAAUGAUUAUAAAGCUAUAUUUGUCAUACUUACAAACAAAGCAUUAUAAAGUUUUUAUAGAUUUAAAAAAAAAAAAAACAAUAUUCUUUGCUGUACUAUGUUAUUCUCUUUUUAUAUUAAAAUAAUCUUAAAAUUUGAAAUUUCCAUUA